CUCCACACCAACUGUUUCCUGAGAGCAGAUCUCCAUUUCCUUUCAAAAUUUCCCAUCUGCUCUUUACUUCUUUGCUUCCCUUUGUAGCAAAACCCAACUUUCUCUCUUCACUCUCACAAUUUCAAAUUUCUUCUGUUCCCUUCUCUACUUCCAUUAUGCCUCACUAACAGUGACCUCCAAACACACACACGCACACACACAUUGUAAAAAUCCAAUCUUUUCAAUCAAGAUUCAGUAAAAAAUGGCUUCAACAGUUCCCAAAUCUACAAAACCUUCAAAACCCACAAACCAAUUUUCUUCCCAUUUAGCCAUGAUUGAGCUGAAGCAAAGAAUCCUUAUAUCUCUCUCUAAACUCUCAGAUAGAGAUACCCAUCAGAUCGCCGUUGAGGAUCUUGAAAAAAUCAUUCAAACCCUAUCAAACGACGGCGUUUCAAUGCUCCUCAACUGCCUUUACGACGCCACUAACGACCCUAAACCCGCCGUUAAAAAAGAAUCCCUACGACUCCUCCCUACCGUAUGUACUUCACAUAGCGAUUCUGCUGCCACCCAUUUGACCAAAAUUAUAGCUUGCAUUGUUAAAAAGCUGAAGGAUGCUGAUUCGGGUGUUAGGGACGCGUGUCGCGAUGCGAUUGGCUCGUUGUCCUCGAUGUAUUUGAAAGGAGAGAGUGAUCAAAGUGGGGUUGCAUUGUUUGUGAAGCCAUUGUUUGAGGCAAUGAACGAGAAUAGUAAAAGUGUUCAGAGUGGUGCAGCUAUGUGUAUGGCUAAAAUGGUGGAAUGUGCUUCCGAAACGCCUUUAUUGGCUUUUCAAAAGCUUUGUCCAAGGAUUUGCAAGUACCUUAACAAUCCUAAUUUCAUGGCUAAGGCUUCUUUGUUGCCUGUUGUGUCAAGCUUAUCACAGGUAGGGGCCAUAGCACCGCAAAAUUUGGAACCUUUAUUGCAGACCAUUCACGAAUGCCUCAGCAAUUCGGAUUGGGCAACUCGUAAGGCUGCAGCUGAUACAUUAAGCGCCUUGGCGUUGAAUUCAAGCAACUUGGUAGCAGGGGGAGCCACUUCCACUUUAACCGUGCUUGAAGCUUCUCGGUUUGACAAGAUAAAACCCGUGAGAGAUAGUAUGCUGGAGGCAUUGCAGCACUGGAAGAAAAUUGCAGGGAAAGAAGAUGGAGCCACAGACGAUCAGAAAGCUUCAAGUCAUGCUGGCGAAUCCUCUGAAUCUACGGGAUCGUCAGAAAAGAAGGACCUCCUAAAUGCUGUGGGCAUAUUAAAGAAGAGAGCUCCAGCAUUGUCGGACAGAAAAUUGAACCCAGAAUUCUUUCAGAAACUUGAAGAAAGGAGUUCAGGUGAUUUGCCGGUGGAAGUGGUUGUCCCUCGUCAAUGUCUUAAUGCAUCAAAUGCACCAACUGAAGUAGAGUCUGAGUCAGACAAAGCAGAAACAGGACAGAGAAUAAUGAGGAAAAGCCAGCUGGAUGCCGGGUACAGUAACACGGAGAGUCAAACUUCCGGAGUAAGUGGCAGAGAACAUGAUACUGUUGACGAGGGAGAUCUGAAUCAGAGGGAAUCAUCCAGUUGCCGUGCUGGUUUUGCAAAAAAUUCUGGUCCAUCUGAGGGAUUUAUGGCUAACAAAGGAAACUGGUUAGCUAUUCAAAGGCAAUUGUUACUUCUGGAGAAGCAACAAGCUCAUCUGACAAAUAUGUUGCAGGAUUUCAUGGGCGGAUCUCAUGGUAGCAUGGUGGCUCUUGAGAACAGAGUACGUGGCCUUGAAAGAGUUGUUGAAGACAUGGCACGUGAUUUGUCGCUUUCAGCAGGUCGAAGAGGUGGUACUACUUUUACGGCGAGAUUUGAUGAAUCUCAUAAUAGGCCUCUUGGGAAGUAUAAUAGCUUCCAUGAUUACUCCAGCACCAAGCUAGGUAGAGGUAGUGAAGGGAGCAUCUCAUUUGGCGAAAGGUUUGUGCCAUCUGAUGGUAAUUCUUCGGGCAUGAGGGGAAGGAGCCCACCAGGGAGAUUGGAUAAUCCUGAUGCUUGGGACUUUCAUGCAUAUGGUAAGAAUGGGCAAUUGGGCUCUAGGAGAGGUUUAGGUGGUGGGCACAUGGACGCUAGGUCGUCUAAACCAGAAAACGAGAUAGAUCAGGCUGGCACCAGGAGAGGGUGGGCCAAAGGAGCGGGACCCGUUAGGUUUGGCGAGGGACCUUCUGCCAGAAGUAUCUGGCAAGCUUCAAAGGAUGAAGCAACUUUGGAGGCAAUCCGUGUGGCUGGUGAAGACAAUGGAACUGCUCGAGGCGCUAGAGUAGCUAUUCCAGAAUUAGAGGCUGAAGCACUAACAGAUGACAACAUCGUGCGAGAGCGUGAUCCGGUUUGGAAUUCCUGGACCAAUGCAAUGGAUGCAUUUUCUGUGGGUGAUAUGGAAUCAGCUUUCUCUGAAGUUCUGUCUACUGGAGACGAUUUCUUGCUUGUGAAGCUGAUGGAUAGAUCAGGCCCAGUGAUCGAUCAACUAUCUAAUGAGGUGGCAAGUGAAGCCUUGCAUGCUAUUGCUCAGUUUUUUAUGGAGCCAAACUUGACAGACAUCUGUUUAUCUUGGGUCCAACAGUUGCUAGAUAUUGUCGUAGAAAAUGGACCUGAUGUAGUGGACAUUCCUAUGGAAGUGAAAAAAGAGCUGCUGUUUAAUUUGAAUGAAAUUUCAUCAUCGGUAGACAUUCCCGAGGAUUGGGAAGGUGCAACACCAGAGCAACUGUUGUUGCAAUUGGCAUCUGCUUGGGAUAUUGAUCUGCAAGAGCUGGAGAAGUAGCUGCCUUCUAGCUGGUUCCACCUGUUGCACGAAGUUAUGUCUCGUGAAUUUUCUCCUGUUCACCUUGGAUAACAUUUCUGCAUUGAUUGAUAUUUUGAGAUUUGAUGUAAAUUGCGAUGCUUUAUUCUUCAAAUUCAUGUACUUGGGCAGUCUGCUUCGCUUGCAAAUCACAAUUUUGCUGUCAUCUUAACAAAAAUUGUGUCACGGAUUGUUGUCGCAGCUUAAUAGUAAAGUGGUCUGUGAAAGUUAAAUAAGA